AUGUUUACUAUUUUAUUAGUUAAUAGCUUUUAACAAAAAACCUUAUAUUCUCUCUAAUUUCAAUAGCAAGGAUUUAUUUUCAGCAUAAAUUUGUUCUAUAUCAAUUUUUCUUGCUGCAGCUAAAUAUGUUGCAGAACAAGAAAACAAUUAGUUUUCAUCAAUAUCACUUUAGACUAUAAUUGUUCUUCUUUGUAUUAAAAUUUGUUAUUCCUUCAUCAAGAAUAUAUUAGAAGUUUAUUUUAAUAAGUACUUUAUCCUAAUUUUAAAUUAUUUAUACAUAAUUUUGAAUAAGAUUUCAUCAAAUUCAAUAUUUACAAAAAAGUUAUAAAAUUAUUUGCAAAAAUCGACCUAAAAAAUAAGAGAUUAAAAAUAUUUAUUAAUAAACUUAGAUAACAUUUAUUAGUGGUUUCUAAAUCUUAACUUCAAAAUCACAGAAAAAUUUUAAGUUCUAAGAUCUAAAAAACUAAAUCCUGGGUGUCUGAAUAAGGAUACUUUUUUAAGAUAGAUACUGAAUGA